GGCAGGCAGAGUGGGGGGGGGCCCUUAUCUCCUGAUGAGUUGGUGGUGCUGGUGGAUCCAGUUGCAAGCUCUUUGUGGCUGAAAGGGGAGCCCACGCCUGCCCACAGCCACCACCUGCCUCCCUGCUGACUGGUCCGUGGUAGGCCAGUAACGCGAGCCCCAAGGAGGGAGCCGCAGGGCGCCCUGGGUCCCCCCUACGCCCAGCCACCCUCUGGCUGGACGUAACCGCCCAGCAGAGCGGAUGCAGGUAAGAGAGGCCUGGGGCUCAGGCAGGCUGGGGUGGGUCCGGGCCUGGGGUGGCACACGAGAGCCAUAGAGAGAGACCAGACAGCAGGGCGGGAUGCUGCCCAGCAGCAGCCACAGGGACCCAGGCUGUGCCCAGAGCCUGGUGUCCACCAGGCCCACUGGCCACCACUCACCCUCCCGGGUCUGCAGAGGCCUGGGCUCCUGUCCUCCGGGUGGGGGGGCUUCUGGUGCUGAGGCCCCCACCAUGCAGGACAAGCAUGGGCAGCCUGGGGUGGGUAGGCUGCAGCCCCCCUGCAUGCCUCCCCCAGGAUGCUGCCGCCAGAGGGUCCCCGGGCCUCCGAAGAGGGCACAGCCGCGGGCCCCAGCGAGGCGACUGCGUCAUCUGCUACUCGGCCUAUGACCUCACUGGGCACCUACCCCGCCGCCUCUACUGCGGCCACACCUUCUGCCAGGCGUGCGUGCGGCGGCUGGACACGCCAGCCCACGAGCAGCGCUGGAUCCCCUGCCCGCAGUGCCGCCAGAGCACACCCACGCCCCGCGGAGGGGUGGCCAUGCUGGACCUCGACCUGGCCGCCUUCCUGGCCGUCAGGGCCGAGCGGGAGCCGCCUCGCACAGAACCCCAGCCCCCCACGCCCCUCAAAGGCAGCACCGCCAUCACUCAGCAGCCGGCCAGGCUUUGCCCCGCCUUGGGCCCCCAGCCCCACUUCCCCCAGCCCAGAUGCUGCUGCUGGGGCUGCAGCGGCCUCUGCUGGGACCCCCCGGGCAGCCCCGAGGCCUGA